AACGCUCGAAUGCUGUCACACGGUGUAGUUUCAGAUAGCAGGAGCACUGGAGUAGACUUGGGAUUUAAACAGGCAUCUGCACUGGGACGGCUGAUUCAUUUAACCAAGUGUACCGGCUGUUGUAGCCACUUCUUAGUGGACAUUUUUUGUGGACAAACCUAAACUACAUUAUCAUUUUCUCUAUACAUGCCAAAACUAGGCAAUCUUGUGGAAGAAUCUGAGACAUUGUCGCGAAACUUUGAGGUUUUCGCCACAAUAAUUGGCUAUCGAAUGGACCAGCAUCCGAGCGCCCGGAGCUGCAGCAGUCGCGGAGCUGCGCCGUCCUGCGAGAGCGUCUCUGGCGAGCCCCCCAUGAAUUUGUACAUCCACUCCACCACCGGCACACGCUUUGAGCUCUCCCUGCCCGCUGAAGAGACCGUGGAAGGGCUAAAGCGAAGACUCUCUCAAAGACUAAAAGUACCCAAAGAAAGACUCGCUCUGCUACACAAAGAAACACGACUGAGUUCAGGAAAACUUCAAGAUUUGGGAAUAACGGAUGGGAGCAAGUUAACGCUGGUUCCAACAAUUGAAGCAGGCCUAAUGUCUCAAGCAUCAAGACCUGAGCAGUCAGUAAUGCAGGCGCUGGAGAGUUUGACGGAAACACAGGUCAGUGACUUCCUGUCUGGCCGGUCUCCUUUAACCCUGGCUCUGCGAGUAGGCGAUCAUAUGAUGUUUGUCCAACUGCAGUUGGCAGCGCAGCACUCGGGCGGCCCACAGUUACAGCAUCGGCAUCUCAUAUCACGUGGGAGUUCAGAGGGCACGACAGGACAGUCUCAGCCAGCUUCAGGCUCUGCCUCUGGGAUGGCAAGGGUUUCACACAACCCUCACCCCCAUCACCCACACCCACAUCCUCAUCAUACAAACACAACGCUCCCAUCUAACUCAGCGGCCUUCCCACCUUCCCCCUCUAUCCCAUCCGUUCCUCCCAUGUACCCCACCUCAGCCUCAGGGCACUGUAGCCCUCCACUGCACCCCUCUCAACUCCCUGGAAGUUUUCUUCACUCCCAGCAGCCAUCUUCAGCCUGUCCCACCUCUCCAAGCAGCCCCAUCCCUGCAGCUUCCUGUCCAGAGUUGACCACUGGCCCAUAUCAUGCACAGGCCAACUGCCCAGCAAAGACGUCUGGCAAUUGUAACACUCCCUCGCGAUCCCGCAAGCCAGGGGCUAUCAUCGAAAGUUUUGUGAACCAUGCUCCUGGAGUCUUUUCUGGGACAUUUUCAGGCACUUUGCAUCCCAACUGUCAGGACAGCACUGGACGUCCCAGGCGAGACAUAGGCACCAUCCUUCAAAUCUUGAAUGACCUUUUAAGUGCCACCCGGCAUUACCAGGGCAUGCCACCGUCACUCACGCAGCUCCGUUACCAGGCCCAGUGCAACAGCCCCAGCUCACCAACACCAACACCAUCACCACCACCUUCACCUCCCCACACUGCCGGACUAAGCGGCCUGCCUACUACAGUGCCCUCUGUGACCCAGCCCACCCUCCACCCACUGGUGCAGUGUCAGAGUCAGAUCCGCAUGUGCAAGCCUCCUGGUGACCGACUGCGUCAGACAGAGAACCGAGCCACACGCUGCAAAGUAGAGCGACUGCAGCUGCUCAUGCAGCAGAAGCGUCUGCGCAGGAAGGCCCGGCGAGACUCCCGUGGCCCGUAUCACUGGCUCCCCAACCGCAAGGCUGGACGGAGCAACAGUAACAGCAGUAUGUCUAGCGAAGGCUCCCUGGACCUAGACUUUGAGGACUCUGUGUGGAAGCCCGAUGUCAAAGCUGAUAUGAAAUCAGAAUUCAUCAUGGCCUGAAGCAGCAACAGUUGCGCCAUCCUCAUCAAGGAAGACUGGGGUUUACAUUUUAGAGAGGAGAAUUUCCGAAGACUGUGUCUGACGAUGCACAGAAUCUCGUAGGCUUCACUCCUCGUCUAUCCUGUGACCACAAAGACUUUACUUAAAGGAAGAUUCACAGACUUUUACUUACCUUACGUCCUUGAUAGACUAUGAUCUUGGAAUAGACUUAAUUUUCAAAUGACGAUGUUUGGAUAUGGAUUGGACUGAUGAAUAGACAGAAUUUGGACUCAGAACGUCCAAGAAGUAAACACAAAUGAGCAUAGCAGACGUCAUCGGUGUUGGGAUUUGUCUUUCUCUUUCUUUUUUUUAUUUUUCUUUUCACCCCAGGGGGAAGAUCCAUACAGGCCAAAUACAGGCACGAUGAACUAACAAAAAUCAGAUACUGAUCCUACUUCCUCCUUUUUUCAUUACAAAUGGGCAUUCACAGUUCAAUAAUCAUUUGAAGGGAGUUACCUUCUUUGUUUUUAAGUCCUGUUUUUCUUGAAUCACGAUGAUUUAUGAAACAAAAUAUGUAGCAUUACCCACAAAGCAUUCAGGUUUUUUCUCUUGUAGACGAGGAGGAUUCAUUUGCACACACACCUGUGAUUAAAAAAAGACAAUAUCAUAAAAUAACCAAGAGAUGGCACAGUGCAUGUUUAGUAUAUAAAUAUAUAUAUAAAAAAACGCUUUCUCAACAAAAGCUCAGUGUAGAGUCAGAGGUUCAAGUACGAAAGUAAAACAUGAAACGAAAAUAUGCUGAUGUGAUUGAAGAUGCAAGGCUUGUGAAGUCAGUUGUUUUUAGAAUAUAUAAAGAGUGACUUUUCUUUUUUUACCUCCGCGAAAAACAAACAAACCAACCAAAUGUAAAACAGCAUUUGCUCAGCAAGGCUCGAGUCAAGCUGUGAAAUGAAUCUGAUGUUAUAUAAUCAUUUAAAUACACACUGUAUCUCUCCUGUUACUGUCUAAAUGUGUAUAAUAGAGAGAGUGGUGGGGUGCCAGAGGAAUAGUUUACAACUGUGCAUUAUAAUGGCUUGCUAUUCCAAAGUGGAAUCUCUCAUUUAUGCAUUCAACUAAAACAAACCAGAAUUCAAGGGUUCUAUCCCAGCAAACACUUACAGUUGUGAUACAGUUUUAACAAGACUACCGAUAUUGAUUUGUCCGUUUGGCCAGACCUCUUUGCAGAUUCCAAUGUAAACAUCCCCCGCCUUCACACUCUUGAUAGUGCCUCAUAUGUAGACGAACUGACAUAUUCUAUCAGGCGUUCCACAGACAGACAGUUCUGCUGCUAUAUGGGACUUCUCUUUGCAUGCAAAAGUGUGACUUAUCCUGAUCCUUUUUAUAGAAAAUAAUAAUAAUAACAAUACUGAGAUACUGGUGCUGACAAGAAAAGAUAUACAAGCAUGAAUUUGUGAAAAUGAAAAUGGGGGAAAAAAAAUUUGCUCCAGCUACUUGGGAUUUUCGAAUUAGGAACGUGAUGUUACAUAUCAGUCACAAACCAAAACGGGACUGGAAUUCUACUAUACAUGGAUCAUUCCUGGACUAACUAAGGAACAAUGGAACAUUUUCUACUCCCAACAUCCAAGGGAUCCUCAGAGCAAACCCCAAAACUUCCAUCGACCUUGUCCAGAUGCGGACUAACAGGAAUGUUAGAAACCGACGUUCGCCCCAAUGACUACUUGGAAAUAAAUGUCAAAAUGUCCUGAACCACAUCCAUGUUGCACUCACUGAGUUUGCAAUGAGAUUACCUACCUGAAGGGGAACAUUGUCUUUUCCUUUUUUUUCUGUUCAAGUGGCCUUAACGCUCAUUAUCGAAACACUUGCAGAGUGGUGAACAACAUAGGGAUGUUUCUGUCCUGUGUUUUUAUUAAAGCAUCAAUUUUUUUCGGGGGCAAUUUUUGUGUUUAGGAGGUGGAGGCUCUAUUAUGUCAAGGCUUCAGUGCCUUAAAGUUUUGCCCCUUCGGUGUGUACGAAAAAAAAAUCUGAACAAAUUAUUCGCAUUUAUGCAGGUUUUUAUCAAUUUAUAGGAGCUCUGGUAGAAUAUUGUCUGUACAAGUCACGACCUGGAGUUCACACAGGUUUCAUCAGUGUGUUGUUUGUUUGAUUACAUCCCCUGAACCCUGCUGUCCUACAAAGAAGCAACAAAUUUACAAAUUUAAUUGAAAAAAAGUUAGUUUCAACUGCAGUGCUAUAGCAACAAAGUGCCCUAACUCUCAAUUGAGAUGUCCUUUAAGGACACACUGACAACAUGCACUUCCCUUCUUCUCAGAUAAAUGACUUCAAUGGACGAUUUCUCCCUCUCCCCCAAGAAAAUCAUUAUUUAAUUUUUAUAUAUGUAUGAAAUAUACUCUGUGUGUGCCUCACCUAUAUGUAAACAUUAAAAAAAAGUGAAAAUUGAAAAAAAGCAUAGGAGAUAAUCUGAGUUUUAGGAUAGGGUAAUUGAAUGAGGGUGGAGGGAGGGAACGGGGGGCAUUUUCAAUAGUUUGUUGGAGUUCUGAUCACAUCAUUUAAGUUGCCUGUUCUUUCUUGUAGCCAAUAAAAACUGAUUACAAGAGUCGAGAUAAAAAAAAAACAAUUUACAAUGUUCUAGCUAUAGACCGGUGUAGCACAUGUGUGACUGUAUUAAUUUAUGAAACCAAAAUGGUAACUGUGAAUUAUGUAUUUCUUUGUGCUUUUUUUUUUAAAGUGGGCAAAAGGCAGAAAAAGGGUGUUGCUGUGCCCUGUUUGUUUUUGUGGAAUAUAAUGGAAAUAAUCAAGUUAAAAAAAAGGAAAAUAUCUAAAUAUAUUUUUUUCUUAAGCAAUACAUUUCAGUGUGACUUGUGAUAGGACAUUUUCUUUUUUUUAGGUAAUAAAUUGAAAAAAAAAAAAUUU